AUGCCGACAUGCCGUCUGUCUCUCCUCGCCACGGUGCUCCAGGCUCCAGCAUCAGCCUCCCUCACCUCGUCGCCGGCCUCAGGAUUCAAUGUUUCCAGCAAUGACGCUGUCUGCAACUUGUUGAGGGUGGUUGUGGAGAGCUUGUCAAUGCGUAUGCUGUGGCCUGAGGGCGAGCGUUUCGCCGCACAUCGACAGCUGACGCGCGGCCAAAAAAUCCAUCGACCCCCUGGUGUCCUCGCCGCCGUUCGGGGCACUGGAGCUCCGCCCGCAAUCGCUCGCACGCACACUAGCGAGACCGCGGUGACCGCGCCGAGUGCGCACAGUGACUCGAGGAACAGGCUGUCGUCUUCCUACGCAACCGCGGCCUAUUGGUGGACAGCUUGUAAAGGAACUGGAGAGAAUGGCACGGUAAUGAUUCAAUUUGGUCAUCAAAUGCCUGAUUACGACUCCCCAGCUACCCAAUCAACUAGUGAAAGCCAUCAAGAAGUGUCUGGAAUGAGCGAAGGAAGCCUCAAUGAGCAUAAUGAUCAUUCAGGUAAUCUUGAUGGUUACUCAAAGAGUGAUGAAAACAAGAUGAUGUCAGCUUUAUCCCUGGGCAAUCCAGAAACAGCUUAUGCACAUCCAAAGCCUGACCGUACUCAGUCCUUUGCUAUAUCAUACCCAUAUGCUGAUCCAUACUAUGGUGGUGCAGUGGCAGCUUAUGGCUCGCAUGCUAUUAUGCACCCUCAGCUAGUGGGCAUGGUUUCGUCCUCUCGAGUGCCAUUACCAAUCGAGCCAGCCGCCGAAGAGCCCAUUUAUGUCAACGUGAAGCAAUACCACGCGAUUCUGCGAAGGAGGCAGCUGCGUGCAAAGCUAGAGGCUGAAAACAAGCUUGUCAGAAGUCGCAAGCCGUACCUCCACGAGUCUCGGCAUCUGCACGCGAUGAAGAGAGCUCGGGGAACAGGCGGGCGGUUCCUGAACACGAAGCAGCAGCCGGAGUCCCCCGGCAGCGGCGGCGGCGGCGGCUCCUCGGACGCGCAACGCGUGCCCACGAACGGCGGCCUGUUCACGAAGCACGACCACAGCUUGCCGCCCGGCGAUCGCCACCACUAUCACGCGAGAGGGGGCGGCGCGUAG